AUGGAAAUUGAGCACCGUGCGUAUUGGGCGAUGAAGAGUUGUAACAUGGUAUUUGAUGAAGCGAGUAUGGAAAGGAAGCUUCAAUUGCAAGAACUUGAGGAGAUCCGCUUAGAAGGCUAUGUGAACUUCAAGAUCUACAAGGAGAAAGUGAAGAGGAUUCAUGACUCUAGGAUUCUUAGAAAGGAGUUCCAUAUUGGCCAAAAAGUACUCUUGUUUAACUCUCACCUCAAGCUUAUUUUUGUUGAGAUUAAAAAUGAAGUUACCGGAAAAGAAUUCAAUGUGAACGGUCACCAACUCAAGCUUUUUCAUGAGAACCCCCAAGUGGAGGGUGAAUUUGUGGCGGACCUCUCUUUGGUCUUGCCAAUUUUAUGUGAUGAUGUGCCUCGAAUGGCACUUGAGGAUUUUGUGUCUGUUUGUGUUUAG